GAGGCCGCUGCCCACCGCCCCCUUGGCGCCCCAUAACAUCCGCUCAGCUCAACCCGGAGAACGAGCGCGCGGGGCAACCGGCUAACUCCACCAAUGCCGCCGCUGCUCACCCUCUCCUCCUCGCCGGCGCUGCCGCCCCCGGCGCCGCGGAGGGCCCGGUUCAGGGUCGCGGCCUCCGCCGACGUCGGCGCCACCGCCCCCGCCGCCGGCAACGACUUCCCGUCGUUCCUGCCCAGGGCGGUCGAGCGCAUCCGCGACGGCGCCGCCCUCCGCCUCGCCAAGCGAAUCGAGCGCGUGCCCGUCCAGACCGGCUUCUCCAAGAGCCCGAUACCGAGCAGCUGCGUGAGGCCACUCAAGCAGCAGCAGAGCGCCGAUCCGGUCGUGCUGCUCCACGGCUUCGACAGUUCUUGUUUAGAGUGGAGGUACACCUACCCUUUGCUGGAGGAUGCUGGGCUGGAGACUUGGGCUGUGGACAUUCUUGGAUGGGGCUUCUCUAAUUUAGAAACAAGGCCACCGUGUGAUAUUGUGUCUAAGCGCGAGCAUCUUUAUCAGUUCUGGAGGUCCUACAUCAAAAGGCCUAUGGUACUGGUUGGGCCUAGCCUGGGUGCUGCUGUUGCCAUUGAUUUCGCAGUCAACUAUCCGGAAGCGGUAUCAAAAUUAAUCUUCAUCGGUGCAAGUGUAUAUGCUGAGGGCACAAAAGAUAUGACCAGAAUGCCUAAAUUUGUUCCAUAUGCUGGGGUUUUUGUACUAAAGAGUCUUCCUCUACGACUAUUCGCUACACGCUUGGCAUUUUAUAAAAUUCCAGAUGGAUUCUUUGAUUGGGUGCAGAUUGGCCGUCUACACUGCUUGCUUCCUUGGUGGGAAGAUGCUACGGUUAAUUUUAUGAUUACUGGAGGUUAUAAUGUCAUAAACCAAAUAAAGCAGGUAAAGCAAAAAUGCCUGGUCUUAUGGGGAGAGGAUGAUGGAAUUAUUAGCAAUAAGCAAGCAUAUCGGUUACAGCAGGAACUCCCCAGCGCGAUUUUAAGGCAGGUAGGGCAGUGCGGCCACAUUCCCCAUGUUGAGAAGCCGAGGGAGGCGGCAAAGCAUGUGCUCGACUUCCUCGGGGGCGAUGGCGUGGACAAGGCGGACCAGGCUUCUUCCCUGUCAUCAACAUGAGGACCCGGUGAACAGAGGAGCAGAUCCCUCAGGCUAGCGUGCACGAGGUAACAUUGUACAUGGCGCACUUGUGCUGUUUACGCUCGCCCCAGCGACAUCCUGCCUGCGUUCUCGACCGGCUCGGAGCAACCGAGUUGAUCAACGUACGUACAGGCCCCAAGAUUAGAGGCAGAAAAAGGUUGCACUAGACUAGAGAACUUGGAACAGCUAGCAGAGGCACAAACGUGUCUCUGUCUCUACUCCUCCGUCAGCUCCACUUCUUUAGGUUGCUGGUUUAGAUUAGCACUAGAAAACUGUACGUAUCGGUUGUUACAGUACAGUCACGGUGGUCUCGAUCGAGCAUGCCCGUCUUGUUGUUGUAUCGACACAUAUAGUAUGUCUGUCUGCAUAUGUAUGUUCGGGCUGGCGUGCCGCAGAUGCAGCUGCGGCCGCCCACGUGCGAACUUGAGACAUUUCUACUAAUAACACUCUCCACUGGCUAACCGGUGACACC